UCAUGACGUCAAAGGCCAGUGAUGGCGGAAGUGAGAGCGGAGGGAGAAGCGGCUGGAGCUCGGUGAGAACUGAAGGGACGAUGGUGACAAUGUAACGGUGAGGUCUCCGGUGCCGGCUGUUCUCACACAGUGUGAACCUCGCCCGAUGCUGACCCCGGCAUCCUGAGACGCCGCCAUGCUGUUCUCUUUGCGGGAGCUGGUCCAGUGGCUGGGCUUUGCCCAGUUUGAGAUCUUCAUCCACAUCUUGGCGCUGCUGAUCUUCACCAUCCUCGUGGCUAUCAAGGUGGACAACCUGGUGACAGGCCUGGGCUGGUGGAGCGCCUUCAUCCCGUUCUUUGCGGCAGACGGACUGAGCACUUACUUCACGGCCAUCGUGACGGUGCGGCUCUUCCAGGACGGGGAGAAGCGGCAGGCGGUGCUGCGCCUCUUCUGGAUCCUCACCAUCCUCAGCCUGAAGUUUGUCUUUGAGAUGCUGCUGUGCCAGAAGCUGGAGGAGCAGACCAAGGGGCUGUGGUUCGGACUCAUCAUGUCGCCCAUCUUCAUCCUGCUGCAGCUGCUGAUGAUCAGGGCCUGCAGAGUGAACUAGGAGGCGGCCAUGAUGGCGAGCGUCGCCCCGCGAGCAUAUCUAUUUAUUAAAGCUUUAUAUGGGA